AGUGUACCUUACUGACUGUCUGCAGAGAAAACAAGUCAGGAGGGAAGGGCUAGAUAGAGAAACACAAAGAGGGAGUGAGGGAGUGGAGGACGGCUGUUUUUUAAGUUGCCUUAAGUUCUCAAGCCCUCAGAAAGCAGGGAUGGGGGAUCCAGCAAACCUGGUGGAGUCCAUCACACCUUCCGUGGUCACAGCAACUCCUGCAGCGGUAGCCGGGGAAAUGCAAGAUGGGUCCAAAACCCAGUCCGUCAAUAAGAAUGGAAAAAAGUCCGACUCUGGAUCCAGCAGCAGCAGUUUCUUCACCUGGUUCAUCGUGCUGGCCCUGCUUGGCGUCUGGACAUCUGUAGCCGUGGUCUAUUUUGACUUAGUUGACUAUCAAGGAGUUAUUGACAAGGCUAGGGGCAUACAGAUUAACCUGUCUGAAAGCUUGCAAGGUAAACUGGCUGCAUAUGACACGGAUGGAGAUGGAGACUUCGAUGUCGAGGACGCUAAAGUACUUUUAGGACUGAAAGAAAAGGCUGUUGCCACCAUCACCUCUACGCAGAAGGCUGCUGCUCCUGGAGAUGCUGAUGAACUUGAAAAAACACCACAAGCCAUAAUUGAACCUGACCCUGUGCCUGUGGAAGAUAAAACUGAGGAUGUGAUUGAAGCUAAUGUGGAAGAGGAUGUGGCUGCGGAAGAGGACGCUGCUGUAGAAGAGGACGCUGCUGCAGAAGAGGACGCCGUGGCCGAAGAGGAUGCUGCUGCUGAAGAGGAUGCUGCUGUGGAAGAGGACGCUGCUGUGGAAGAGGACGCCGUCGCCGAGGAGGACGCUGCUGUGGAAGAGGACGCUCCUGCCGAAGAGGACGCUGCUGCGGAAGAGGAUGUUGCUGUGGAAGAUGAUGCCGCUGUGGAAGAGGAUGCUGCUGCAUCAUCAACAGAACCUGAUCCUGAAGUACCCGCUGAGUCUGAGCCAGAACUGGAGAUCAAUGAGGUGAUAGAGGAGGAUCCAGAGGAGCUUCCUGCCGAAGAGGAGGAUGCACCUUUCGAGCAGCCUGAGGAGGAGGUUGGAGCUUACGAGGAAGAGGCUGAAGAACCGGAAGGGACCAGUGAUGGAGCAGAGGAAUCUUUAGACGAGGCACUAGAGCAAACAGAGGAAGAAACUCUCCCUGUUGAUGAGGAACCAACUGAGCAGGAGACCUUCUCAGAAGAAUUUGUAGAGGAGGUAGCCGCCACAGAUGGUUCAGAGGAACGUGCAGAAGAAGAGGAUGUGGCUCCACUGGAGGAAGGUUUUUCAGAAGAGCCUGCUAGAGAGCUGGCUACAGAAGGACACCUAGAAGAUGAAGCUGUGGAAGAAGCAGCUCUCCCAGAAGAGCAUGUUAUAGGAAAAGAUGCACCUCCAGAAGAAGAGGUGGUGGAGGAAGAAGAGUUCUUAGAACCAAUGGUUGAAGGCGAAGCUGUUGAGCAUCAAACCAAGGAGGAGGAAACGCCUGCAGACGAGGAAGAGGAACAAGGCGCUGAUGCAGCCGGCAUGGAGGCAACAAUUCCAGACACAGAAACAGUGACGGAAGAGGUAGAGGAGGAGGCAGAAGAAGAAACGUAGAGGUUGCAGCGCUACCUGCUGAUGGAGUAGAGACCCUCUGAUGGAUCGGCUCUAUCUGAGCACGCUCAGAAUGAUGCCUCUCUCCAUGUGCAGAGAAGUGCCCAUGACCCCCCAUACCCCGACCUUCACUCCCUGUUUUGAAAUGGUUGCUUUUAGUAAAAUUGUAAGACAAUGGAUGAGUUGUGUACUAACACGGUAUUCUGUAUUUUCACUACUCCUUUAAUGGCCCCUUUUUUAUUUUCUGUUACCGUUUUUUCUGGCAGUUGAGGAUUUAUUUGGAUAUGUCUGCUUUUACCCACAGCAGUAAAACAAUGUCUUAGCUUCAUUGCUGAGUCUUUUUCUAUAUUUUCUUUUUAAACGGAGCAAGACUCAGCUGCAGUUUUUAUUAGUCAGUGAAUGAACUCAGACACUAAGGUUUAAAACUGAAUGAAUCUCCUGACAAUUAAUUCCAAUUUCUUUUUAUGCGGUCAGCCCAGUUUAUAUGCUUCUUUUUUAUCAUAAAUGAAAAUCUUUGACUUUUACCAGUUUAGAAUCUAUGCAAAGCUGUGAUGGCGUUGGCCUUACCUGCUCUCCACUUCUGGCCAGGUCAAAUACCACUCCUGGAUGAGCCAUAUACCCGCCCUCUGAGGGAAAGCUGUGUGUGUGUGUUUUCUUGUUUUAAACAUUGUGGGGCCCGUGUUCUGGAAAAGUAGCAUGUUGUGGGGACCGAUGAGUGGACCCCAUGUGAGGAAUUGCUGUUUUUAGGUCAGGGUUCAUUUUUAGCACUAAGGUAUAAACUAAUCUGCUGAUAAGCGUUCAUCCAGUCAGUUCAUUCUGAGCCCAGUUAAUCAGGAAAUACCAUCAUUUUAGAGACUUUACCUCCUCAUGAUGUUCCUCUCACUUUAAGUUAGUGUGUAUUAGUUAUCUUUAUUGUCUCAUUUCUUUGUGUAUAUUUGUAUCAUAUCCUGACCAGAAAAGAAGUUGUCUCAUUUUUUAAAGGGGAAGUUUUGGUUAUAUAAUUGUGGACAAUACUUACACUUGGACAAAGUAGGGAUUAAAGCAAUUUUGGUCACAAAGUUCUGAUAUCCAGAGGUCCCUCUGAUGGGUGGGGGGU